GGGGUGUGUGAUUUGCAUAUUGUGGCUUGGUCUGCUUGCUCCUCUCAGCUGCUCUGCUGCCUGAUCCAGAUUUAAGUUUUGGAGAUGCUUGCCUGCUUUGUAUCAUUCCAAUUUUAAUGGAUGUCCCAAAGGACGGGAUAAACUUGCGAGGAGUGAUGCUGCCGUGGCGGAGGAAUGUGACUUAUUCCACAACCAUUCAUGCGGGGGAAGCAGUGACUUGGUACUGGGAUGACGACCAGCCUCAUUCAAUACAGGCCACGAAUGAGCAGUUUGCCGAAGACAUUCGUAUGGCAAUCGGAUCGGGAGAUCUCGCGGUCAGUCGAACAUGGGGCUGUGACAUCCAGAAUGCAAAUUUCUCAGCCUUGGAGGGACCACCAAACCCUUGCACAUUGACACCUGGGUCUUUUCUGUACAGCCACAACUUCACUCGUCCUGGAAGGUACACCUACAGAUGUUCGGAGUUUCCAAAUGAGAUGCAAGGAACAGUGGUAGUCAUUGAUCGAUGACAAAGUGAGGAGACUCAGUGUGGGGACUUGGUGUGGUUUUAGAAAACGGAAACAGAAAAGAAAAGGAAAGAGGGUGGUGGUGAUGAAGAGGAUGAGGAGUCGAGCUUUCGACCAAGCUAUAUGGUGUGCAUGAAGAUAAUGAAGGAGACGAUGCCGUACACUAUGUCAGGCUUCUUACGACUGCAGAGAGCCCCGCAGGGGGAUGGAGAUUGCGCCAGGUGGCUAGACAGCCAUGUGAAGAUGAGCUGAUUGGGAAUGUGGAUGCACCAUGGGCUGGAAUGGAGUGUUAGCGAAGAGAGAGACAUUGGCGGCAAAAGCUUAUGGAUGCGAGGAAGCACAGAGACGAUCUGGACAGUGAGAGAAGCACGUGUACUAUAUGCGGUGGAGGCGGCGCCAGAAGUCACCGGUUCAGAGUUCAAACCCCGGUUUUUCCCAGGGGUGAUCGAACAUAUCUGUGGAGAGAUGUGGGCAUGGAUGGCGAAAGCGGAGGGCAUCCGUUUGUUUGAAAGGCUUGGACGGGUAAUAAGAGGGGUCGAGGGUGGAGGGGAUGGCCAGGGAUGGUUGGCUGACAGGGGAAAGGAUAGGAAUGUGAGGGAGGAGGAGGAGGAGAACCCCUUUCGUUUUUUCUCUCUUUGUUUUCUGUGUGUUCACUGCAAACACAAUCGGCAGACUGGACAUGAACAUGCAGAUAGAAAUGCGUGCUCUUGCGCCUCAUGUCAACCUCUCCACCGCGGCUACGGAAAGAAGUUCAAGGCUGUGAGGCGAGUAUGGCCAUACUUGCGCUUAAUAGUCUAUGGCAGUGAGGCAGAUUCUAGAAAGUCCUACUGUGAGUACACCCUAAGAGAGCAUCACGAAUGACGAGGAAGGUGCGUGUGUAUUUACCCGCCGCCCUGAUGUGAAAUGUGGAGGGCAAUGUGGACAUGUUUUCUUGGGUGUCAUUGUGCUGUUUCUGGGCCAGGAUGGUUGUUUAGCAUGCAAUCCUUUAAGACAGCUGCACUUGGCUCCCCUCUAAGUGUAACGGGAGUAGGGGUAUCCUCUUGCAAUGGUGAGAAAGAGAGCAACGCUGGAUGUGGUCUGGGUGUCUGGUGGAAUCGGCAGAAUGGCGUUAAACUGCGUUGAGUGGCGUUUUGCGGUUCUACCCUGCCCCUACCGGCAUUUUACGGUGCUACCCUGCCCCUACAACCGUUCUACCAUUGAACAGGGUCUGCCGACGGGUUUUGGUAGAAGCCACUAGGCUUGUGGGGUUGAGGAUACCAGAGCAACACUGGAUGUGGAGGCUGAGUGUCUGGUAGAACGGGCAGAAUGGCGUAGUGAACUGCGGUUGAAUGGCAUUCUACCCCCCCCCCCCAUUCUACCAUUGAAUGGAGUCUGCGAACGGGUUUUGGUAGAACUCGCUAGGCCUGUGAGGGUGAGGAUACCAGGAGAGUGGAGGGUAACACGGAUCUGUUUUCUUGGUGCGCCGAUGUGUUCUUUCUGGACCAGCUGAGGGUGGUUAUUUAGCAUUCAGUCCUUCUAGGAAAGCUGCAGCUGGCUCCCUUUGAAGCUUGAUGAGAGUAGGGGGCAUCCUGUUGGUGAAAAAGAGAGCGUCGCCCAGAUGUGGAGGUUAACGCGGAGGUGUUUGCACGGGGGUUGUCAAUGUGCUCUUUCUGAGGCCAGGGUUGUUGUUUAGUGUACAAUCUUUCUACGAGAGCUGCAGCCAGCUCCCGUUAAAGUUUAAUGAGAGUAGGUGUAUCCGGCUGGUGGGAAAGAGCAUCGCCCCAUCAACUGGCGAUGGUUGGUGUUUACUCGCAGACGAGGUGUGUGUACUUGCAGCCUGAUGUGCAAAGUAACAUGGAGGCGUUCUUUCAAGGGUCUUGUUUAGCGUAGAAUUCUCCUGAGGCAAGUGUAACCGUAGACUUUACCACUUUUCUUCCUUCUGGCAUAUACGCUUUAUUGAUGACAUUCGGCAACAUGAUCCCCAAGCUGCUCAGCGAUACGCCUUCACUU